AUGCUUCUCCCGCCGCCCUACACUCGCCUCACUCCCUUCUGCCUCCUGCCUCGGUCCUCGAGAGGCAGGAAGCCGGCCGGGGCCAAUCGAGUCUCUCUAUUCGAGCAGCAAUUAAGGUCUCACAAAACUGUUUCACUCAUUAUCCGACAACGGUUGUCGGAGAAUGGACAUCCCUUUUGUCCCGGUGGCCGAUUAGAAUGA